AUGCCUUUCAUAAGUAGAAACAUUCAGGCUGCCCACAGGCUCACCCAGUGCCGGUGGCUAUCGUUGGGGGACCGCUUUAAUGUUGAGAACUGCAUCCGCACGUUGACCGAGUCUGCCAAGAUUCGAAGCAUCUCAUUGCCCCCCGAGCUGGAGCAGCAGGUGGCCACCAUGUCCAGCAAGACGGCCAUGCUGACGAGGCAGACCACUAAGUGGCUGUUGGCUUCUAAGCAGCCCAAGUACGAGGCUCAGCAGUCGGCCAGUCUGAUGCGAUGGGAUCGCUCAAUCAUCGAGGGCCUGCAGGACAUAGUGUCCCUCUUGGAGGAUCAGCUAAAGCCGGUGGUGGAAGCGGAACUCUCACUCCUUGUGGACAUCCUUUACCGCUCGGAGUUGCUCUUCCCCGCCGGAACAGAAGCCAGAAAGCGGUGCGAAAGCGGCGGCUUCAUCCGGAAGCUAAUCAAGCACACCGAGAAGCUGCUGGAGGAGAAGGAGGAGCGCAUGUGUGUCAAGGUUCUGCGCACGCUCCGUGAAAUGAUGGCCAUCGAUGUGAACUACGGCGAGAAGGGCGAUGCACUGCGUCAAACGCUUUUGCUGCGCUACUUCCAAAGCAAGAGCACUCCACGGUUGCUGGAGGAGGAGGUUCCCCUGCUAGCCGCUCCCUUGGCAGAUACUGCCAAACAGCACCACCUAGUGACCCACGGGCCAGGGGCUAAAUACUUACAGCGAGCUGGCAAAACGCUCCAUGAGAUGCAGAACCACUUGGACAGAGAGGGAGCCUCUGAUCUGGUGGUCGAACUGGUUAUUAAGUCCGUACACUCGCCCAAUAUUUUCGUUGAGGCUGUGGAAUUGGGAAUUGCACUACUAGAGGGUGGUAACCCCAUUAUACAGAAGGACACGUUUCAAAAGUUCCUCAGCGACGACCUCAACCAAGCCUUCUUUAAAGUCUUCUUCGAGAAGAUGAAAGAUGCCCAGCAGGAGAUCAAGUCCACCGUGACGGUGAAUACCACCGAUAUCGCGGCCAAGGCGCACGAGCACAAGCAAGACGCCAAUCUGGAGCUGGACAAGAUCUCUCGCAAGCAUGGCCUUAAGAGCAAUGGAGUGGUCAUCACGGAAGAACUUAAGCGGGAACUGCACAAUGCCGGGCUGGCGACUGCCCGGGCUUACGGUAAUGCCCGGAACAUCCACUCUGGCGAGGAAAGCUCCGCGAUCAGUGUGAACAGUCCGCUGGAGGACAUAUUGGCCGAGAAGCUUGAGAAGCACAAAGACAGCCGGGAGCAGCGUAACCAGUUGUCCAACAAGGUGCUGGUGAUGCAGCCCAUUCUGCGCUUCCUCCAGCUGCUCUGCGAGAACCACAAUCCGGACAUGCAGAACCUGCUGAGAAACCAGAACAACAAGACCAUCAACAACCUGGUCUCGGAGACGCUGAUGUUCCUUGACUGCAUAUGCGGCUCGACGACGGGAGGCUUGGGACUACUGGGGCUGUACAUAAACGAGCACAAUGUGGCCCUGAUCAAUCAGACCUUGGAGGCCCUCACAGAGUACUGCCAAGGACCGUGUCACGAGAACCAGAACUGCAUAGCCACCCACGAGUCAAAUGGAUUGGACAUCAUCACGGCUCUCAUACUGAACAACAUCAAUCCGCUGGGCGAGAACCGCAUGGAUUUGGUUCUGGAGCUGAAGAACAAUGCUUCCAAGCUGCUCCUAGCCAUUAUGGAGAGUCGGGGUGACAGCGAGAAUGCGGAGCGCAUUCUAUACAACAUGAACCCCAAGCAACUGGUGGAGGUGGCCUGCAAGGCCUACCACCAGGAGGAGCUGAUCGACGAGCAGGACGACGGGGAUGAGCCAGACGCCGGGUCGGACGAUGAUGACGCCACAGUGAGCCCACGGGAGGUGGGCCACAACAUCUACAUCUUGUGCCACCAGCUGGCGCAGCACAACAAAGAGUUGGCAGGCCUGCUUAAGGCCUCGGAGGAUCCGCAGUCCGCCAGCUUUGACGCCAAGACAAGUCAGGCAUUGAUGUAUUACGCCACGCACACAGCCCAGAUUGAGAUUGUUCGAAACGAUCGAACUCUGGAGCAAAUAGUCUUUCCCAUCCCCGAGAUCUGUGAAUACCUGACCACAGACACCAAAAUCAAAAUCCUCAAUACCGCCGAACGGGACGACCAGGGAUCGAAAGUGGCAGACUUCUUUGACAAGGCAGAGGAAAUGUUUAACGAGAUGAAAUGGCAAAAGAAGCUAAGAAGCCAGCCGUUACUAUUUUGGAUUAGCAGUUACAUGUCCCUGUGGAGCAAUAUUCUCUUUAACUGCGUGGUUGUUAUCAAUAUGAUUGUUGCCUUCUUCUAUCCCUUUGAUAAUACCGUGCCAGGUAAGACGAUAGAGCUCAGCCCCCACAUUUCCUUGCUAUUCUGGAUCAUAACUAUAUGCUCACUGGUGAUUGUGAUAACGCUACCGCGUGAGUCCGGGAUUAGAACUUUUAUCGGGUCCGUAAUUCUGCGCUUUAUAUUCUUAUUGGGACCAGAGUCAACCCUUUGCUUACUGGGCGUAGUCACGGUCACUCUUAAAAGUGUUCACAUAGUGAGCAUAAUGGGCAACAAGGGCACUCUGGAGAAGCAGCUAAUCAAAAUAAUAACCGACUUUCAGUUACUUUACCACUGCAUUUAUAUAGCAUUUUGUUUUUGCGGCCUGAUCUUUCAUCCCUUCUUCUACUCAUUACUGCUCUUUGAUGUGGUAUAUCGUGAGGAGACGCUGGUCAAUGUAAUUCGCUCCGUGACUCGCAAUGGACGCUCCAUUGUCCUCACCGCUGUGCUGGCUCUGAUCCUGGUCUACUUGUUCUCCAUCAUUGGCUACAUGUUCUUCAAGGAUGACUUUCUGGUUAGCGUGGACUUCGAGGAGCAGGACAAUGCGUCGCCUCCGGCUAUACCUUUGACCUUAUCAGUGCCAGUCUCCAAAGAUGCGUGUGCUGCGCCAGACGAAAUGGGCAACUGUCCGGCAGCAAAAGCCGUGGCACCACCAAGUGCUGGGGGCGGGGAUGUGAAGGAGCGGUCCUGCGACUCCCUGGUCAUGUGCAUCGUGACAACGCUUAACCAGGGCUUGCGAAAUGGCGGCGGCAUUGGCGACAUACUCAGGGCGCCUUCAAGCAAGGAGGGUUUGUUCGUGGCUCGUGUGAUUUACGACCUGCUUUUCUUCUUCAUUGUCAUCAUUAUUGUCUUGAACCUCAUUUUUGGUGUCAUCAUCGACACAUUCGCCGAUCUGAGAUCGGAAAAGCAGCAGAAAGAGGCCAUCCUGAAAACAACCUGCUUCAUCUGCUCACUCAACCGAUCUGCCUUCGACAACAAGACGGUCAGCUUCGAGGAGCACAUCAAGAGUGAGCACAACAUGUGGCAUUACCUGUACUUCAUCGUGCUUGUGAAAGUCAAGGAUCCCACUGAGUUCACUGGCCCCGAAAGCUAUGUGUAUGCGAUGGUGAAGGCCGGCAUCCUAGAGUGGUUCCCCCGCCUGCGCGCCAUGUCGCUGGCAGCUGCGGACGCGGAUGGGGAGCAGAUCGAGCUGCGUAGCAUGCAGGCACAGCUCCUAGACACGCAGUUGCUCAUAAAGAACCUAUCCACCCAACUGCACGAACUGAAGGACCAUAUGACGGAGCAGCGGAAGCAGAAGCAGCGGUUGGGAUUGCUCAACACAACGGCACACAGCCUUCUGCCGUUCCAGUGAGGCUGCUAGAACGAGUAGAAUACUUAGAAGAUGUGGCACUUCACUUUGGUUAACAUUCCCUGUGCACCCAAGUAUUGGCACCACUCGCCAUGUAGCCCUUUCGUAACUCAUUCUCAAUGUAUUCACUGCGUGGGUGAACAAGUUCGUACGUAAUUAAAAACAAAUCUCCAAGCACUGUUGAAUAUCCCGAGUAGAUACCAAAAAUCUGUCUGUAUUAGAUUCGAAUUCCAAAACCACAUACCACAUUUGCUCAAAUAAUGUCCCGCGGGAUUAAAUUCUACAAUUUUAACCACUUGAGUACAUUAAUAAGUAGUAAACUCACUCAGAGAACUUAGGGCUGUUAACAUGUUAGUAAGUGGGCGUGUUAGGCAUUUUUCACAACCUAAAAAGUUUUCACCCUACCUCUCCUCGAUGACUUUGUAAUACCUAAAGCUGGAAUCUAGACCUAUGUAGUUAACCUAAAUGUUCGCAGAGCGACCUCUAUAUAAUUUUCUAAAGUGUUUCGCGCUGUCUUAAACUAAAUAUAUUAUUUAAUUGUUAAUACUGUAUGAAUAUAUUUUCAUAAGCUUCACUGCAAGCAGAGCUUUACUUGGAAAAGAAAACUUAUUAUUGUGAUUACCCGUUUUAUAAAUUGAUUCCGUUUUUAUUUCUGAAUGGUUUACUUAGUGCUCGAAACGAGUUGUGUUGGUUAAAUUCAUUCUAAGCUAACAGUUAGACUAUACAUCCUAGGCGAAACUAUACUAUGUUUAAGUAAAACUUUAUAUCUUUACAUGUAAACGGAAAUAUAUCUUUUGAAUAAAUACUAUCAGAUUCA